UCUAAUUUAAACAAUCCAGUUUGGAAUAAUUCCAUUUUAAAUAAAGGCUAUGAAGAGAACAGGCUUUGUAUGACAACAUUGCGCAUGUCAGUCUUAACUAGAACAUUUCUUGUUUCACAUCUGAUUCCUCUUUCACUGAGAAGGAAAACUGCUGAAAUUCCGUGCCUCCAGUGCAGCAGUAAUCCAAACCUUCCUCCAUCUUUCCCCAGCAGAGAGCCACCAUGUGCACAGGGAAGUGUUCGAGGUGCAUUGGGAUCACCCUGUUCCCGCUGGCUGCGUGUGCUAUAGUCUCCAACAUCCUCCUGUACUUCCCCAAUGGACAAGUUCUGCAGCUCAGUGAGAUAACCGAUCUGGUCUGGUUUUUCCAAGGCAUUCUGGGAGCUGGAAUACUGGUUAUUUUGCCAGCAUUCAUGAUGCUGGGAGCAGGCGGAGCAGGAUGUUGCGCUAACAGAUGUGGGAUGCUGCUGUCAGUGCUUCUGGCUCUGCUGGGGUUUGCAGGCGGAGUGUACUGCGCAGUCUUCUCCUCAAUGGGGUUGAUUGGGGGCCCUCUGUGUGACACGGGUGAUGGAGAAUACCUCUAUCCUUUCAGAAACAACACUCUAGAAUACAAUUAUUUGUUCAACCAGACAACAUGGAGCAUUUGCAAAGAACCUGAAAACAUCAUCCUUUGGAACAUUGUCCUUUUCUCUGUUCUCCUGGCCAUUGGUGUGAUUGAAGCAAUUCUUUGCUUAAUUCAAGUCACCAAUGGACUCAUUGGCUUUGUGUGUGGCACAUGUAUGAGGAGAAGAAAGACAAACAUUUCGGGAAUGUGA